GGACGCUGAGUCGCCUCACUGAACGAAUUUCACGAACCCCUCCCUGCAAACCGAGACAGGCGCAGUGCACGCGGACGGCAGCGCCGCACGCCAUUGGCUGAGGGCGCAGCUUUACCUGUAAGAAGGUGUGCCGAGCGGACGGCAGGAUGAACUUUUCUUUGCUCUGAUCCACUUCAGGGAUUUCAAUUCAUGCUCCUAAGAUCAUGGAGCCCGUAACGUCCUGGAGCGACGAGAGAGUCGCCGAGUGGCUCAAAGGUCUGGAUGCUCCUCUACAGCAGUACUCCUUCUCCGAAUGGCACCUCUCUGGCUCUGACCUGCUGCAUCUUUCAUCUACCAGACUGGAGAAACUUGGAGUGCAUAAAAUCGGACACCAGGAGCUUAUACUGGAGGCUGUGGAAAAGCUCUGUGCUUUGACAUACAGUGUUGGGGGUGACAAUCUGCGCAGUCUGACAGAGAAACUACGUGCAGUGGCUCACGCUCUGCAGAUGAGCAUACAGGGGCGCUGGCGUGUCAAUAACAGCAAUGAUGGACAGAGCGCCACCAAGCUGUCACAACAGGUGCUGCAGGCGGUGGUGGACGUCGUCACAGCAUCCAAUGGACUUGCGUCUUUGCUCAAUAGAUACCAAUUUGCACAGCAGACUGGAUACACAGCAAAUGAGAAAGUUGCCACUCUGUGUAAAGAUCUGGAUAUUACUGUGCAUAAGGUGAGUGCUGUCGCAGAGAGAGAGAGAGAUGUCUCUUUCUCUUGCCGUCAGUUGGUAGCAGUGUGUGAUGAGAUUUUGACCAUUACUCCGUUGCCUCUUCUUACCCAUACUGCCCAGCUGGAGAGUGUUGACCUGGUCCCAACCUCACCAGGAGAUCAAGUGGGAAUUGAGAUCACCACCACAGGAUCCAGAAAUCAUUUUGUCACUGGAACAGCAGCAGAGUCUCCUACAGAGAUCUGUGAGAAGAUUUUAGCGGGGGAUGAAGUCCUUCAGGUUAACGGACAGAUAGUGGUUGGCUGGAGCCGGGCAAACCUUGUUCAAAAACUGGAGGAAAAUCCAAAUGGAGUCACUCUGGUUUUAAGGAGACUUCCAGGAUUUCUGAAACGCAAAGAGAGCCGAGCCAAGUCUGAGAAAGAGGAGGAAGAAGAAGAAGAGGAAGAGAAAAGCAGACAUUCUCUUUUGGGCAGGGUGGCAGCUUCAGUCCGCUCUCUGUCUUUCAGAUCAGCAUCGGACGGCACACAUCAUUUCAGGCGGGAGAAAUCAGCGCUCUCUAGUGAACAAAGCUCUAAUGAACAUCAGCCAAACACUUUAAAGCCAAGGGCAGACUCUCGUGCUAGUCGAAACAGUUUGGAAAUAGGUUCAUCUGCAGAAAGGAGUCCAUCCCCACAAAGCUCAGAGCUCAACCGAGCCAGCACUAGCUCCUGUCCUGACAUGGCAGGACUAAGAGAGGAAAAGGAGAACAAAAAGAGCUCUACUAAAGGAACACGGACAGCUCUGAGCCGUAGGAGGGUGUCCUGUCGUGAACUUGGCCGCCCAGACUGUGAUGGAUGGCUAUGGAGGAAGAGGAAAGAAACAAAUGUCUUCAUGACUCAGAAAUGGCAGAGAUUUUGGUUCGUCCUGAAAGGUCCUACACUGUAUUGGUACACUAGCCAACAGGAGGAGAAGGCGGAGGGCUUAAUCAAGAUCGGCAGCUACAGUAUAGAGAGUGCGGGAGAACACAAGAGGAAGUAUGUAUUUAAAAUGUGCCACCAGCGCUUCCAGAAUUUUUUCUUCGCUGCUGAUAAUGUAUCCGACAUGAGCAAAUGGAUUAACUGCUUAAUCACAACCAUUCAGAAAUAUAAGAAGUAUGUUCAAAGUCAGCCAGACAGCGAAGAAGAAUGUUACAGUGAAACUGAAUCGGAGGAGGAACCGUCACGUUCACCACUUUCUCAUCGGAAGAAAGCCAAUACAGUGAGGGAAAACUGACACACAAACACUCAUGUU